CGCAGGUGCACGGGGCUCCGCACGGCCGGUGUGUGCUGCCCCCGCGCGGCCGCACUGCCGUCCUGCACCCGCUGGGGAGGGCACCUGCGAGCGCUCGGCCCCAAGAAGGUGAGCAAGUCCAAGUAUCUGUGAGGUCACCCUCCCUCUCCCAGCGGGAGGAAGGGGGGGAAGGGCCAGAUAUGGAGGUCGUCCAGCCCGCCAGAGCCAGCCUCCUGGGGAUUCUGCUGCUGCUGGUGAAGCUGUUGGUGCUGCUGGUCCAGAACCGGGUUCACCUGUACAAUCUCCUGCUUCUCAAGAUUCUCGUCUUCAACCACUGGCUGUCGGGGCUGGCCCAGGAGGCUUGGGGGUCCCGCGGCCGCCAGGCCUUUCCAGCCCCUGGGCUCGACGCCAGCCCCCUGUGCCUGGCGCUGCGGGCGGGGCUGGGACUGCUGGGGGUCCCCCUGUGGCUGGGGCUGCGGGCACCGCGGCUGGCCUGGGCGGGCAUACGGCGCUGUGCCCGGGCCUUGGGCCUGGCGCCGAAGCAGCUGGGCCUGUCUGCGGCCACCUGCGCGGACCUGCUUCUGUCCUGCCUGCACGGUCUGAUGCUGGCAGGCUUGCUGCUGUCGCUGCUGACCUGGAGGCUCUGCCGGAGGGCCCGUCGCUGCAGCCUGCGCGGGCUGCUCAGCAAGGCGCUGCUGGACACCUGUGUGGUGCCGGAGCUCCGGGCGCUGCUGAAACGUCUGUACUGGUGGGUGGAGACCACAACAGCCCUCGCCUGGCAUCUGGCCUAUCUCGUCACCUGGACCACCUGCCUUGCUUCCCACCUGCUGCAAGCCGCCUUCGAGCACACCGCCCGGCUGGCCCAGGCCCAGGAGGCUGAGCCGCCGCAGGGCUCAGGACCCUCGUCCGCGUCCCCGCUCCCCGAGCCUCUGGGUCCCAAGGCUGGGCCAGCCCUGCCAGAGCAUGGGACUCCUACAGAAUAAGUGUGUCCCCAUCUGCCUUUCUGG